AUGGUUCCCGAAACUCAACCAACACCACCACCACAAAGUCGUAAAGGGAAAAAACAAGUGCGCGAGGGUGUCGCACAACCGGGAAGACAAAAGCCGACACUAUGGGUUCCACACGAAGAGUUAGUUUUGAUCAAAGCUUGGGUUGAUAUUUCUGGAGAUUCGAUUCAGGGAAACGCACAACCGGGAGAACAUUUUUGCAAGGGGGUUUCAAAAAUUAACGGGUUGUACAACAACCUAAAAACCCAACGAAAAAGCGGCCAAGGCGACGAAGAAAUACUUCAAGAAGCGUUGCAGUUUUACAUUGAGGAAGUCGGAAAACCAUUCAAGUGGCACGAUUGUUGGAAAUUAUUGGUCCGAAGUCCUAGGUGGAUAACAUACGAGCGGGAUUUUAUUUUUGGAUUCCAACAAUCAAAGCGAACGAAAACGGGCUCUAGUGGUUACACAACCUCCUCCGAUGCUCGGGUCGGUCAAGAUUUAAAUCAGGACGACGAACUCGAGCUAGAAGAAAUUGAACGCCCAAUGGGUAGGGACAAAGCGAAGAGAAAGGGAAAAGGGACUUCUUCGAGUGCAUCUGAUUUCAGCGUGGACAUUGACGAAAUGCGGAAGAUAACAUCGUCGUUUGAUCGAUAUAAUUUAAAUUUCUCCGAACGUUUGGCUUUCGACAAAGAAAAAGAAGAAACAAGGAAAAAGGAGGGGGCGGAGAGACAAGAAAUGGAAGACAUGAAGUUUUUUGAUGAAAAACGUCGAUCAUCUCUCGGAACCGGCUCUCGAGCUCGUAAUGAAGAAGAGAGAAAAAAUUCUGAAAAAAUAUUUUCCGUAGGUCGUUGGUGGUUUGUUUGA